GGAAAGAAAACCGAAACUCAGCAAACUGCGAUGGAGCCAACAAAUGAAAACCCUACCACCGCAAUCACGAAUCGAAACCUAAACGAUCUCCCCGACGAGAUCCUCAUCCACAUCCUCACCUUCCUCCCCACACUAAACUCCGUCGAAACCUCCCUCAUCUCCCAGAAAUGGCGGCCCCUCUGGUCUCGCGUCCCCUCCCUCGACUUCAACUACCAACUCUUCCCGCCGCACGAGCAUCCUUCCCAUACCUCCCAGUUCUACGUCGAGUUCGUCGACCGCGCUCUGAUUUCCCGCCUUAAUUAUCCCCUCCACACUUUCCGGCUCUCUUUCCUUUACGACGAACACUACCGCUCCACUGUCGACUCUUGGGUGCGAUCUGCCGUCGCCCGCCUCCGCGCUCGGGAGCUCUUUCUCGACUUCUUCAUCGAAACCGAUGUUCGUGACGAGGAGAAACCCACGUACGAUUUCCCUUUCUAUGUUCUGAGAGAUGGGUGUGUUGAGAAAUUAUCGCUCACGAGCUGUUAUCUUACUCUGCCGGCGAAAUUGUCCACCAUGCAGUUCCGGUCGAUUCGAUUCAUCUGUUUCAAUCACGUUUACUUGGAGGACCAGGCCGUGAAGGAUUUGUUAUCUUCUUGCCCCAAUUUGGAGGUUUUGGAAAUUAACAGCUGUUUGGGGCCUCAUCAUCUGGAGAUAUGCAGCACAAGUCUUAAAAGGCUAAUACUCGAAUUUGGGUAUAUCCCAAAGAAGAAGCAGACUUUAUUGGUUGAUUGCCCGAAGCUUAGUUCGAUCAGUAUUGAUAGUUGUGAGUUUGAACAGUGUGUACUAAAGAAUGCUUCUUCUUUGGUUGAGUUUCAUGUUGAUUUUCCGCAUCGAAUUGAUAGGUCGUAUCGUCCUUGGAGUAAUGUUGUUAGGCUGCUCGAACAAGCACCAAAUGUUAAGCAUCUUAAUGUGCAAAAUUGGUGGUUCAAGUUUCUGACAUCAAAGAAUACUUUUCCCGAAAGUUUUAUUCUCCACAAUCUGAAGCUGUUGGUGCUGCGAACUGGGUUUACCCAAUAUGAUCUCGUUGGCAUGGCUGCACUGCUUAAACUUUGUCCCAAUCUUGAGACACUGUUUCUAGAAUAUCCUUUCAAAAUGGAGAAAGACGAGAGUUUACCAGAAGAGCUCUUAAAGAAACCAGUUCAUUUCAGGAUGCCGAGUCUCAAGCAAGUUAAAAUGAAAGCGUACAACGGACGAAAAAGACAAGGUAGUUUUGUGAAAAUCUUGAUGAAGCAAGGAGUUGUCCUGGAAAAGAUUGUCCUCCUUCUCGACGAAGUUGGCCAGAACGAACCGCUUCCUCCGAUAAUUCUAAAUAGAAAUGUUUCACGAGCUUGGGAGAUAGUCACAGAACCAAAUAGUGGAUAGACUAUGAGGUUUAAAUGGGGAAUGCAAAACCCUGGAGCUCUGAGGCCUUCAACUUUAAACUUUCAACUGCUGUUUUUGUAUAUUGAAUUAGACUUUUGGAUUGAGCUCUGUAAUUCGAUUUCUAUGACAUUGACUGAGACUGCAUUUUCUUGUUCUUGUAUAUAUGAAGAGUUUGCAGCA